AUGUCUGGGGAUGCAGGAGGUCACGGUUGCCCAGGCUCGGAGAUGCUCCUUCACCUAGAGUUGCUGCCCCAGGAUUUCCUGCUACUCAUGCUGGAGCAGAAGAAUAUAGUUGUUGAAGAGGAAAUAAAGAUCAACAAGGAUGGCCUUACCAAUCUCUACGUUCAACAUGCCAUACCGUUGACUCAAAGGGAACUGCCAAACAGUAGAUGGGGGGAAAUGAUGGAAAAGAAAAGAGGGCAAAAUGAAUUGAAAAAUGAGCAUAAAAGGGAUAUGAGUGUGGAAGGUUUACGGAAAAGACCUCUCAUCGUCUUUGAUGGAAAUUCAACAAGUACAAGCAUAAAAAUGAGAAAGACUGAAAAUGGAACUAAUGAUCAUCUGAAACCUCCUCCAUCUAACCAUGUGUUAAUGACUGGUAGGUGUACAGUGGCGGAUGUAAAAUCACCACCAUUAUCUCCUGUUGGGGGAACUACUGUUGUGAAAUUAAAAAGAACUGCUCUGAAAGAAGAAGCAGAAUCAGUGAGAGAAUAA